AUGACAAAAGCAUCAAAGAUGGCUUAUUUUGUGAUCCAGGAAGAGCAACAAGGGCGAACCAAAGUGGCAACCUUUCUUACCUCUUUGGGAGAUCACAGUGUUGCGAUUGGCGCUGCUCCGACUGACCCAAACUCAAAGAGGACUAGUGGUGCUCAAAUGGCUACUCUGUUUGGUGUCUAUCUUCCAUGCUUGCAGAACAUUUUUGGAGUCAUUCUCUUCAUUAGAUUGCCAUGGAUUGUUGGCACUGCAGGCGCUUUACAGGGUUUCAUGAUUGUCUUCACAUGCUGCUGUGUUACACUUCUGACAUCCAUCUCAAUGAGUGCAAUAGCUACAAAUGGAGUGGUACCAGCUGGGGGCUCGUAUUAUAUGAUAUCACGAGCCCUGGGCCCGGAAUUUGGUGGAGCUGUCGGUCUGCUCUUCUAUUUUGGCACAACAGUUGCAGGCGCUAUGUACAUUAUUGGAGCUGUUGAAAUUCUUCUGCUCUACAUAGCCCCUGGCAUGUCUGUUGGCGGAGAUAUUCAAGUGGAUCUAGAAGCCCGUUUCAACAACUUCCGUCUUUAUGGCACUGUCUUGCUUUUUCUUCUUUGUUGUAUCAUCUUCAUUUUGGUCAAGUUGGUGAAGAAGUUUGCAAGUGUGGCUCUUGCUUGCGUGCUCUUGUCCAUAUUGGCAAUCUAUGUAGGAAUAUUCGUGAAUGUGGAUGGGAAUGACAGCCUGAUGAUGUGCUUAUUGGGUACUCGCCUCCUCAAUCAAGACAAAAUUGGAGGGAAUUGUUCGAAGGAGUUUGGAACCCCACUCUUCAUGUCCCUCUGUUCAUUAAAAGAUAAUACUUCUAAUCCUGACAGUGAAAGCAGUUAUGAAUGCGAUCCAUACUUCAGUGAGCACGAUGUUCGGUUGGCCCCUGGCAUCCCUGGACUAGGUUCCACCGCCUUUCUAAUUCACAAAAGAUCUUGCCUGGGAUUCGGGAGCGAUUUGAACAGCAAGUUUCAAUAG